AUGUCCAAGAAGCGUCCUGCUGCCUCUAUCGCAUCGUUGGAGCGCGAAAUUGCCAAGCUCAAGAAGGAAAACGCAGAACUGCGCGGAGAAGACCCCAAGAAAAAGCCUCGGGUCGGUCGCAAUGCAAAAGAGGCCUAUGUGACCUGCUUGCUACUAGGACAGGAGUACCCGUUUUCCUUUGAGAUGGAUGACUUUGGGGCCAACUCAACCGAUGAGCUUCAUGCAAGUUUUCGCGAAAACCUUCGGGAUGGCAAGGAGAUCGAGUUCACCUUGAAGGGUGGAAAGAAGGUGGAGGCGAACCUGAGAGUUUGGAGCCUUGGCAUCGCGGUCCGGAGGGAGGAAGACCGGACCAAGCUUCUGAGCGUCCCGGCGCUUUGGCGCACCACCCUGGCGCUGCUGCACGUGGACGACGACGUCGGCUCUGCUGCGGAGGCUCAACUGAGGCCCCUGGCGGCCCGCAACCGGCCCUGGCAGGCCAUCAGAAGCUGUGCCGAUGCGUCUGCCUGGCCAUGUGCCCUGGAGCUCCUCGAGCGUUGGCGAAGUCGAGCAGAUCUGAGACUUGGCACGUGGACCUACAGUUCAACGAUCGUGGCGUGCGGAAGGGGCGACCAAUGGCAGCACUCCAUGGCUGUUCUGUCGAGGAUGGAGGAGGUGCGCCUCAGCGCCGACUUGAUUGCCAUGAGCGCCACCAUCAGCAGCUGUGCAGCAGCGGCACAGUGGCAACGGGCGCUCAGGUACCUUGUAGAGCUACCACAGGCCAAGCUGGAGGCAGAUGCAAUGACCUACCAUGCAGUGACCAGUGCCCUUGUGAAGCUCGAAAAGAUUCCAGGGAUGGGCGGAUGGAAGGGUGAGAGCUUGGAGCUCGCGAUGAAGCUGUUGGAGCAAAUGAGCAGUGCCAGCAUGGCCAAUGAGUCCUGGAAGACACGCGACGAGACAUGUGCCAAGGAGGUCACCUAUUCCAGAGUCAUCCACCUGACCGUUUCACGAGAAGACGAUGAGGACAAAGCCGACAAGUUCGGGAGCCCAGGACAAGCCGAAGGCCAACGACCCGUGUGGGCAACGGACCAGCGGAAUGGUCAGAGGAUCGAGGUGACACCCACCUACUCCGUGGCGGUGCACGGCCGCCGCGCCGUGGCCGCCGCGCUGGGCGCGUCGUCGCCGCGGCUGCGGCCGCUUGGGGCCGCGACGCUGCUGCUCGCCGCGUCGCGCAGGGCACCGCUGCGGAGGCCCUCCGCUUCCCGCACCGCUGGAACCGCCGUGCUGGGCUCCGCCUCUUCCUCCGCUCCGCCGGGUCUCGUCGAGGCGCUGGCCCAAGCGGGGCUCGGAGGAACCGCCGCGUCGGAGGCGGCACUGCGGCAUGUGGCGGAGCGGCGGGCGGAGGAGCUGGUGGAGCAUUUGGAGGAAGUGGUGGGAGAGGGGAAGUUGCUGGAUGCAGGAUGGCUGCAGAUGGGUAAGGAGGAGAUUCGGAAGAAGCUGGCAGAGAUUUUUACUGGAUAUUUGCUUGAAAUUCAUCAGAUUGUACAGGUCUCUGACGUCUUCAACGACCUCAGCGUCCCCUGCCGCACCUGGCGUCGCCCCUGGGCCGACGCCCUCGUCGCGGCGCAUCACGCGCGACAGCUGUGGGCACCACACCUGGCAGUGGCGCAGGACUUCAGCCAGUUGAACGCUCUGGGCCUCGGGUGCAUCGUUCUGGAUGGCAUGGUGCCACCUCAGCUGGCUGCGGAUGCUCACGCGGAGCUGGAGCAAAUGGCCCAAGAUGGGAAGCUGAGCGACUUCUCGCAAAGUACCUGCAACCCGGGCUCCCGGCACUUAUGGCUCCGUUUUGCCGGACCCGGCAGCGACGGUGACGGCCUGGUACCUCCGGCGCUGGCGACGCUGGGAGAUGCCUUGGCGGGGCUGCCAGGGGCUUUGGAGGAACGGGCUCGCGAGGUGCAGUUGAGUUCUCCUCGACUUCGUAUCGUGCCGAACUUGAUGGCUGCCACCUACGGACCGGGAAGCCAUUAUGUGCCGCACAAGGACAUGUACAGCGGUGGCAGCUGUGGAUUUGAGAACACUGGGAUGCUCACCAUCUUGUGUUACCUCAAUCCUCACUGGCGCCCGGGCGACGGAGGAGAGCUCCGCGUCUUCAACACCUUGCGAGAAGCUCCUGCAUCGCCUGUGCCCUCGGCGACGCGUAAAUGAGCGGUUUUGGGAGGAGCUCGGCGGCUUGGAAAACAACAAAAUUCUAAUUAUAUCAUUGAUCUGUUUUUGGAAGGACAUUGGACGCUGGACACAGCCUGACUACCACAAGCAAUGGAAAAAAUGGACCAAAUUUCGGGUGGUUGGUGGUCCAACAAUAGAGGUCACAGAAAGGCUCUUGGAGUCAUUUUCGCUCCACGCCCUUCAGAUCCCAAAAGGACUCUCCGAGUCAUGCUUCAUACAAGAAAGUGGACUUCGCCACCAAUUCUUCUUUUUUACAUGGUUUUCCAGGGGCCAGGCCAUUUUCCAUGUGAAUCAGUUAAAGUGUUUAGGAUCCAAAGUUUGAUCAACACCCAUGGUCAUGCUUGCUCUUUGGCGGCUUACCAACGUUCUUCACGUAGGCAUCCGCCGAUCCGGCAGGGCCCUGGGCGCCGGGUGCCAGAGCUGCUGCAGAUCACCGCGGAUCAUUCCGAGUCCACGACGACGACGAGUCACGGAGAAGCCUUUGUGGACGUGGAGCCCUUGCUGGGGCGCAUCGUGAUCUUUCGCUCGCGGGAAGUUUGGCAUGGUGCCACGGAUAUAGUGCAGGUGGUGCAGGUGAAAGUUCGAGAGGGACCUCCCAUAGAGCUGAGGAUUUUUUGAAGAUUUGAAGCUCUGAACAGAUGUAUCCACCCAUGUUUGAAAUCUUUGAAGCGCCAGGACCUUUUGGACAAGACGACACCGGACCAGAAGUUGUUUAUAAUUGUUUUUGUUUUACUUUUUACAUGGAGCCAUGAUCAACUUGGUUUGCUUGGCUACCCCAGCUUUCCCAUCAGAUCUCAAAAGUGGGUGUGGUGAUAGCCCCAAUGCUCACACAGUGACAACCCCUUGGAAGUUCAGGAAUUUUGGAAGAGACUUGCCUGUUCGAUACAUGGGUAUCUAUCUUGAAAUGCCUAAUUUUAAUCUAAUUUUAUUAUGUAGACUAUGUUUUGAUUAAUCACCCUCCAUUUGGAUUUAGCAGUUUCUUCAUAUAUAUAUAUAUUAUAUACUCAAUGAGAGAAAGAGUCUACAAAAUUCUACAACAACCUAUACUAACUAUACAAUUUUAUAGAUCUAUCAAGGAUGAUAGACCCUAACCCAGAGUCUAUUUAUAGGACGUUUCAUCCAAUGUCCAGUCCAAAGGACACUGAACCAAAACGGACAGCCCAUGGGUCCCAACGUUCGUCGCCACGACACGAGAGAUUAAGACCCAAACAGGUGGUUUUCACGUCACGCAACGAUCCCGAAGGCUUCAAGUCCCGAUUUCCAGGCAUUCAGCCCUCGAAAGCGCCACGCCGCUGGGCGGUCACACUUUGGGUCCUUGCAGAUGGGCAGCCGGAAUGACGACCGGAGAAAGGAUCUGCGGAUCCGGUGGUGUUGGGAGA